AUGACUCCACAAGAUUUACAGUCUCUCACAUAUACGUCAGAUCAGUGGAAAGAGAAAUGUCAAAGUCUUGAGACCAAGCUAAAGACAGUCCGAGCGAAAAACCAACGUCUGAAGAAGAAUGAAAACUAUUGGAAGCUGCAACCAAAGCCUCCGCUGGUUCCAUUGCUGCUGGCAUUGGGAGGGUGGGCUGGUUUGGAGAGAAGGAGGCGGAGAGAGGGGUUUAGAGGGAUGGAAAAAGAGAAAAAGAGAGGAGGAGAGUUGGGGUUUGGGAAUCUGUGGUUUUCUGGUUUUGGUGCAAGUAGCAAAAUGUAUUGCCUUGAAAAUGUAGACAUUCGGAGCUGGGCUGCUGCCGUUGCCAUUUCUUGA